ACAUGACGCCGUUUGUCACAUGAUGCUACGCGGAAGCAGCAAAUGUCUAGUGUACUCCUAACGGAGUCAUGCAGUUUUAACGUUAAAGCAGCUGAUAUCCACACUACAAACGACAGCGGUAAAGUCUGAAGUAUAAAGUACCUGAGCUAGUACAAACAGUCGACAUGGGCGUGUCAGAGCUGGAGGAAUCGUCUCUGUUACUGGACGAAAAGCUGCUCCGCUUCAUGGACCAGCUGGAGUCACUGGAGGAGAAACGAGCCACUCUCAACUCUCUCAUAGAGCAGGGAUGGUUUUCCAUAUCCAAGGCUCGAUAUUCCAUGGGAAACAAACAAGUCUCUGCACUUCAGUAUGCAAGCGAGAUAGAGCCACUGGUCUGUGUUCAUGCAAGAACACUAGACAAUGGUGAGGUGGAUUUCAGCACAGAAAGGGCUCAACAAAAGUGUAGUAAAGAAGCUGGAUUAGAUGCAAAGUCGGUAGAGGAUAUUGGCCCUCAAGAAGAAGGUAUCAGGAGAAGAAUCAGACCAAAAAAAGAUAUCACAGAGAAGGAGGCAAGUGGAGAAGCAAGCAGUGAAAAAGCUCCUGAAAUAACACCAGUAAGAAAAUGUGACCAGAAUCCUCAGCAAGAUCCACUGAAAUGGUUUGGGAUUCUGGUGCCACAAUCUCUUAAACAAGCACAGACGUCAUUCAAGCAAGUAAUAGAGCUGUCAGCUGAGAUUGCUGCCCUUCAGACUGCAGUGUUGAACACCAGACAGGAGCUGAAGCGCAGCAUGAAAGACAAACACGCUGCACAGGAGAAAGUCUCAGCAGCCCAGUCGGACAAGGUGGCAGACUGAAUAACUUUAGGCCAGAAUUUGGAGUGGAGAUUACAGAUGUAACCGGUCAUAGUCAGUUAUUAAUUGGUAAUAAAUUAUGUUUGAACUU